UACAGCUGCAAGUCAAGCAACAUUUUACAUCAUAUCAAACCCUCCAGCUACCUGCAGUGAAACACAGACCGCAGCAGAUUUGCUUGCAGGUGAAGGAACAACAGACACAACAUCCACUUCUACUACACUACAGCCUGCAGAUACCAUCAACUGGAACAUAUCCUGAAGUAUGUGAAUCCAUCAAGGCAGCAGCUAUAGAUCCUGUCUGAUAUGAUGAGGACAGAGUUAGUCAGCAGAGGCCAUAUCAGGAUCUGUUUUGGGACAUUGAACCUGGAACCCUUAAUCGUCACUCUGUGGUGAAGGAGCAUGUCUUGCCUCAGGGAGUCCACCAGUGACCUCAGCAACACCUACACUACAGCUCUGCUGGCAUACGUCUUCACCUUGGCUGGAGACAUGGAGACGCAUACUCACCCUCUGCAACACCUAGACAAGGUUGCAUUACAAGAAGGAGGUUUCCUCCACUGGUCUCAGACAGCAACAGAAACGUCAGCCUCCCUGUCUGUGGAGAUCAGCUGCUAUGUGCUGCUGGCCGAACUCAGUGCCUCCCUUUCACCUGAAGACUUGGGCUACACCGUCCACAUUGUCAGAUGGCUGACAGGCCAGCAGAACUCUUAUGGAGGCUUCUCCUCUACACAGCUUGAAGAGUGAUGUUCUCUGCAGUUACACUAAAAUCUUGAAGCCAACCUCUACUCAAAAGUAUGUUUUGCUUCUUGUUGCUUCACUUGGAUGUUUGAGCUUCACUGUGCAGAGUGAUUUAUGUGCACAGUUUGACACUCAAAGACUGUUUUCAUAGUAAUCUGCUGAAAGUAACUCUGUGUUCACCAUAAAUCUGAGUUUAAGGUGUGAACCCAAAGGCAUGAUUUGUGAAAUCACAAGUAGUUUGUAGCCAAUCAUUGUCCAGUAUUCAGAAAGUAAAGUAGGAAACAUCUUGUAUACAGCAGUGAAACUUUUCUAGUGAAGAAUAUUUGCAUAUUCAUGGAUUUUGGAUUUUUAAUGACAGAGGAAAAGUGAUCUUACAGGUUAUAACAAGGUAAUUUAACUUUUGUAUUCGAAGCAAGGUAUUUUAAGACAUGUCUGAUGGAGAUCUUUAAAUAAACCUGUAUUUUAUUUAAA